CACUACAAACCCAAAAAAAUCCAAUGCACCAAAGUGAAUAGCUUCCCUUUCCGGCGAAUAGAAGGUCAAAGUGGUUCCUUGGAGGUUGGAAGGAGAGGGAUUGGUAGGAAGAAAGGUUCGAGUGAUGAUGCUGGUUUUCUAUAGGAUUGCAGGCUGUUGAUAAGUGCACCAGUAUCCUUUUCAUGGCACAAGAGAACCAUUGAAUAACCUGCUGAAGUAAAGAAGACAACGAAGCAUAUUGAAAGACAUAUUAUUUGAAAUGAGUGUAACCUUCCACUAUAUAUUGUUUUCGAACUCU